AUGACAGCUCUAGUGCCAAAGGUUGACAGCCUCGACCAUGUGUACGCAGGAGCAUCUGAAGGCCACACGGUGCCGGUUGAGCUCGAGCAACGCUUCAAGAAUUUGAUUCAGAGUUUCCAAAGCGAAUAUGGUCACAAGCCAGAGUUUGUAUCCAGAAGCCCGGGACGAGUCAAUAUAAUCGGCGAACAUGUCGACUACUCGCUCUACAAUGUCUUGCCAACUGCUCUGACUGUGGAUGUGCUGAUAGCCGUUCGCAUUAUCUCCCGCGAGAAUGGAGGCGCAGCUGGAAUCAAGAUCGCGAACGUAAAUCCUACAAAGUAUCCAUCCAGGACGCUGGUUAUACCAGACUCUGGCGCAGUCGAAAUCGACCGCGAGAAUCAUUCAUGGAGCAAUUACUUCUUGGCUGGGUUGAAAGGGUCUCUCGAAUACCUCCGAAAGCACUUUGGCGCCUCUUUCGAGGCCAAUGGGAUGGAAAUCCUGAUCGAUGGAAAUGUCCCAGCGGGCGGUGGCUUGUCUAGCAGCGCAGCCUUUGUCUGUGCUUCUGCGCUGGGUGUCAUGGCCGCAAAUCACCACGACAUCUCGAAACAGGAUCUGCUUGACCUCUGCAUAGUGUCGGAACGCGCGGUCGGUGUCUUUUCGGGAGGCAUGGACCAAGCCGCAUCUAUCUUUUCUGAAAGAGGCUAUCUCCUCUACUGCCGUUUCUUCCCAGAAUUCUCCGCAGAGCAUGUGCCCGUCCCAACAUCAGAUCCAGAAGUCACUUUCCUGAUUGCACAGUCUUUCGUUACCUCUGAUAAGGCGGUGACUGCCCCGAUUCAUUACAACCUCAGGGUCGUUGAGUGUACUCUAGCCACUGUGGUGUUAGCAAAGCUCCACGAUAUUGCUCUGAAUCCAGAUCAGAGCUCGCUGGGAUUCUGCCUGCGAAACUUUCAAGAGGAGGUUAUGAAGAAGGAAGGUCGCACGGAUGAGCCGCUAGCCGCGCAGGUCGAGUCCAUUGUUGAGAUCAUCAAGUCAAACCUCAAAGACGAGGGCUACACCAGACAAGAUAUUGCCGAGAUUCUGGGCAUCUCCGUGGAAGAACUUGAAAAGCAGUAUAUGUCAAAGUUUCCGAUUCGAGCAGAUGUUUUCAAGCUGAAGCAGCGUGCCUUACAUGUCCUGGAAGAAGCCGGACGUGUUCUCAAGUUCCGAGAGGCUUUAACGACCUCGGGGAAAUUGACUGAAGAGAAGUUGCUCUAUCUUGGCGACCUGAUGAACAGGACACAAGCUUCGUGCCGAGAUGUAUACGAAUGCUCUUGUCCGGAGAUUGAUCAGAUCUGCUCCAUCGCCCACAACGCCGGGGCCUAUGGAACUCGACUCACAGGCGCAGGCUGGGGUGGCUGCACGGUGCAUCUGGUACCACAGCAUAAGGUUGCUGCCGUGACCGAGGCCCUCAAGCGAGAGUACUAUUUCAAAAAGUUCCCAGACAUCAGCAAAGACAAGCUCGAAGAAGCCAUUGUCGUAUCGAAACCCAGCCAAGGGUCGUCGCUCAUUGUCGGUGCGGCGCUUGAUGUAUGA